UAUUAACCAUAUUGGACCUUAGAUAGAUCCCGGAGUUCUAAGUAAAAGUGUUUCCAUAACUUCUUGUUGAGAGAGCUUAAUUAUUCAUUGGUGAUAAUUUUAGUUGCUUUCACUUCCAGACAGUGCGAAAGUGCCUACUACUUGGAGGUCAGUAGAGGUGAACCACAUCAUUUUCGUGUGGUAUCACGCUGAGGGAGAGGAGCCAUCCUACGAAAUACAACCAUUGAAGGAAAUAACGAGUUCUGGGGCAUACAAGUUUGUCGGACGCUUUGAAUAUUUAAUGGAUGCGCAUACUGAGGACAUCCUGCAAAAUUUGGCUGACAACUUUCAUGUGGAAUAUUUACACGUUCCUCGAAUGGGAUUUGCGGGUGCUGACUUGGACGGCUUCUGGAGGAAGUGGAUCUCAUUCUUCGUCCAAUUGAAUCAGAAAACAUCCUGGGAACCUGAUGCAGACCAUCCACACUUGUCGUGGACUCGCACUGAAUUUCAGUUUAAAUUUCUCAAAAAAAUUUUUAUUCCGAACGGACUUCAGGUUGUAAAAUGUGUUGGACCAGGCUAUGUAGAGGUCACAACAUUAUUUACAAACGUGAAAGCGUACAUGACGGUGUUCAUUACGCCAAUUGGGCCACUUAAAGUUCGGAUGGCUGGACAACUAUAUACGCGACCAUGCCACGUUCUCAUGGGUCGAUUCAUGCUGCAUGGAUAUUAUAAUAACGUAAAUAUUCUUACACAAGUUGCAAUGACGAUGGGCAGUUGGAGUGCCUUCAGUAUGCGGUAUUUCACUGUCUACGUUGAUUUACUCUCGAAAACGGGUCCUCUUUUCGUCUUGCUAUCUCUUGGAGUCAUCUAUAUCUUGUACUACCUCUACCUCCUCAGUCGACCACUAAAUUUAAUUUCCGAUUUGACCGGGGAGAGGAGUGAUAAAUAUUUCCGACUUCCCGCAAAAAAUGAUGCGAUGGCCAAAGAGCAUUUUAGAAGUCGAUUGCAACAAGAACGAGGGUCUGGAAAACUUCCAAUAUAUCCAAACGGGUGGUUUGGUAUACUCGAAUCCUCAGAAAUUGGCCGUAACGAAGUUAAAAACGUCACAGCUUUGGGCGAGAAUUUUGCUGUUUUUCGGGGGGCAGAUGGAAAAGUACAUGUAGUCAAUGCGUGUUGCAUCCAUUUAAGAGGAGACGUGGAAGUAGAAGGGACACCUAGGAACGGUUGCUUGGAAUGUCCUUCCCAUGGAUGGCAAUUCAGUGCAGAAACGGAAAACUGGAAGGAUAUCCCACGUAUCGAAAAAGGCAGGAGGAAAAAAAAAUAUCAGGGAUCAGGAUCAAGGAUCAAGUUAAAGAAAUAG